AUGUCACUCUCCCCGAGCCAGAACAGAGCCAUCCAGAUCACGGAGCGAGUGACUUCGUCAUUUUCGGUAUUUGGUGCUCUUUUCGUCAUUGGCACUUAUACUGCGUCGUCGAGGUUCCAUAAACCUAUCAACCGCAUGGUAUUCUAUGCGUCAUGGGGCAAUAUUCUCGCCAAUGUCUCCACCCUCAUCUCAUUGUCGGGUAUUCAAGCUGGGCAGGAGUCUUCUAUGUGUCAGACACAGGCAUUUUUGAUUCAGAUGUUCAUGCCUGCUGAUGCGUUAUGGACACUGGCAAUGGCUUUGAAUGUAUACCUUACAUUCCGCCAUAGGUUUUCAUCCAGUCAGUUGAGGAACCUGGAGACCAAGUAUCUACUCUUAUGCUAUGGGCUUCCGUUUGUCCCGGCUAUCAUUUAUGCUUUCCUUCGCACAGAAGCAAAAGGAAGGGUUUAUGGUGAUGCAACAGUCAGUUCUCAAGUUCCCAUAAUCUUUAUCACUCAACUGACUGAUUUACUCGACAAACAGCUUUGGUGUUGGAUUGACGUCGAUUGGGACGCACUUCGAAUUGCCACCUUCUACGGGCCUGUUUGGCUCAUCUUCGUCAUCACCGGAAUUAUAUACAUCUCGAUCGGUACCGAAAUCUACCAGAAGCGAAAACAACUCCGAAACAUGACAUCGCAAAGCAUGCCGACUACACUGAGCGUCAAAACCACCGAAGUACACGUCAUCAGCGAGACAAUGGACAAAUCUGGAGAAGUGCGGCAGACCCAACCGGAGAAGGAAGACUUUGGACACAAUCGAAGCCGAUUCGAAACAAACAUUUCCAGCGCCAAGAUGUCCAGCUCUGACGCCGCUGCUUGGGCCUAUACGAAAUGCGCGAUGCUGUUUUUCGCGGCGCUGAUCAUUACCUGGGUUCCCUCCACCAUCAAUCGAGUAUACACUCUCGUUGCCGAGGGCGAAGUCAGCUUCGCGCUUUGCUACUUUGAAGCGCUUGUGCUUCCACUACAAGGAUUCUGGAACUGCAUCAUCUACAUUACCACAUCCCUCGGCGCAUGCCGAUCUUUGUGGAAUACCAUCUUCGGUUCUAACUCUUCCUCUGACGAAAUUCAGUUAUCGUACACAAGGGGUAGUCGGAGAAGGCCUUUCAGCCGGAUUGACGAAGCAUCUGAAAGUACGACCGAGCUGGCUGAAGAUACACAAGCAACCAGAAGCUUAUGA